ACCGUAAAGGUCUAUGAUGAUAAGUUGUUUUGUAUCGUAUUCUAUCUACCUACAUAGUAUCUACUAUCAAUCUAUCUAUUCUAUGUACGUUCAGCUAUUAAUUUAAUAGUUUGUUACAUUCUUUACUUAUGCGUUCCUUGAUUUCACAUUCAUAUUAGUGUGGAGGACACGAUUAAUAUUACUUACCAUAUUUUAUUGCCUUGACAACGUAUAAAUUCAAUUGAUUCACACCUAUUUUUUUAGUCAAACCAUUUGUCCUUUUUUUAUAACAUUGAAAAAAUAUUUAUUUAAUUCAAGCCGAAAACGAUGGUGGAAGCAAACGAAGGGACUCUUUUUGUAGUGGAUGAAGUUAGUGAUAUUAUUAAGGACUCAAUUGAACAUUCAAUUGGCAGUCAAUUAUAUCAACAAGUUAUGGUAAAUAAAUGGACAGAUUCUGUAGUUGAAAAUUGCCUAACAAGACUUUGUAAAUUGGCCAAACCUUUUAAAUAUAUAGUAACAUGUGCCAUCAUGCAAAAGAACGGCGCUGGUUUUCAUGCAGCAAGUUCAUGUUAUUGGGAUAAUUUGACAGAUGGUAGUUGUACAGUAAGAUGGGAAAACAAAACUAUGUAUGUUAUUGUAUCUGUUUUUGGCCUAGCUAUCUAAAUAACCAUAUUCAAUUUCUAUAUAAAAAUAAUUAAAUGUUAACACCAUUAAAUAAAAAAUUAAUUUUACAUUUUU